AACCAAUCGCAUUGCAGUGUUUCUUCGGCGUAUCCGGUGUGAAAUGUUGACACACAGUAGUAUAGAUUUUUUUUAUUUAUAUUUGUAACGUUUUAGUUUAAUGUUUUUAAGAAAAUGACGUGCAUGUCAACCAAACUGGUCUCGUAGCUGUUUGUCUAGCUAGGUUAAAAAAUAAUUCGGGGUCUGUCACACGUGUGACCAACACAACGCACUUUGCUGGUGACCAUGUCAGGGUUGUUGCUCAAAAACUGUCGAUGUCGCCUUACCUACAAGAAUGCGGCAAACCUCGGGGGCUAUGUUUUCCCCGCUGUCGUCAGAAAAGUGCGGAUUAAACGGCACCUGGACCCGAAGCUUGUCAGAAGCUGCUCUACCAUGGCUGGCGGCGAGGUGCGGGUCAGGUUUGCCCCAAGCCCGACGGGUUUCCUGCACCUAGGAGGCCUUCGCACUGCCCUCUACAAUUAUAUCUUCGCCAAGAAGUACGGAGGCUCUUUCAUCCUGCGAUUGGAGGACACUGAUCAAAGCAGACUGGUACCAGGAGCUGCAGAAGCCAUAGAGGACAUGCUUGAGUGGGCAGGUAUACCUCCAGAGGAGAGUCCAGGCCGAGGUGGGCCUGUGGGUCCGUACCUGCAGUCAAAGAGGCUGGAUCUCUAUAGAGAGACGGCGUCACAGCUUGUUGAAAGUGGUCAUGCCUACCACUGUUUUUGCAGCUCCCAGAGACUGGAGCUACUCAAAAAGGAAUCUCUGAGGACAGGACAAACUCCAAGGUAUGAUAACCGGUGUCGACACCUUCGGGCCGAGCAGGUCCAGGAGAAGCUGGCCCAGGGAGUGCCUCACGUCAUUAGGUUUCGACUCAAGGAGGGAGUAGAGGCCUUUCAGGAUCUCAUCUUUGGGUGGAAUCGUCAUGAGGUGGCCCAGGUAGAGGGUGACCCUGUGGUCAUAAAAGCAGAUGGUUUCCCCACCUAUCACCUGGCCAACAUAGUGGACGACCACUACAUGAGGAUCAGUCACGUCCUGCGGGGCUCUGAGUGGCUCAUAUCCACCUCCAAGCACAUCCUCAUGUACCGUGCUCUCGGAUGGCAACCGCCCUCCUUUGGACACCUGCCUCUCUUGACCAAUAAGGAUGGAAGCAAACUGUCAAAGAGGCAGGGGGACAUAUUCAUCCAGAAAUUCAAGCGAGACGGCAUCCUGCCAGAGGCUCUGUUGGAUAUUGCCACCAACUGUGGCUCAGGAUUCAGCACAAAUCGAAUGGGACGGACAUUAGACGAGCUGAUCUUGGAGUUUAACCCCUCGAAGAUCACAACGCACUCUGCUCUGCUUGACCUUGACAAACUUCUUGAGUUCAACAAAAUCCACCUUCAGCAUCGUAUUGAAGAUGAGCAGCAGUGCAAUUUUCUGAUAAAGGAACUGCAGGGACAAAUCCAGAAGGCUUAUGCGGCCGAGCUGCAGGAUGAAGACAUACUGCAUGAAGAUUAUAUCAGGCGGAUUCUGCACUUACGUAAGGGUCACAUAUCCUCACUGGGGGAGCUUGUGAGUCCUGAUUACUCAUACCUGUGGGUGCGCCCUUCCCUCUCCAGCGAGCAGGCAGCAGUGCUUUCCACGGAGGCCGGACACAUUGCCUCACUGGCACUCAAAUUAAUACAAGAACAUGGAGAGGCCCCAGCUGUGGAUGAGCUCAGCAGAGAUUUAAAGAUGCUGGCCAAGCAAACGAAAGCCACCAAGUACAGAGAAGUGAUGAAGCUCUUACGGCUGACACUCAGCGGAUUGCAGCAAGGCCCCAGUGUUGCAGAGAUGAUGGUGGCUUUGGGGCCUGCAGAAACCAGCCAUCGAUUCCAGAAGCUUCUGUUGCUUGCUGAAACCAGUCCAGAGAUACCAUCUUUCUCAAUUUCCCUGAGAGGCUCCCAGAAAAUCAAUGGUGCCACAGACCCAACAAACCAGGAAGACAGAUGGGACAGCAUACAGGGGUUCUAUCAGCUGGUCAACAAGGAAGCUGAUGGUCCACAGGUGGCUCUUAGUCUUCUUGCACAUAAAAUCCAAUCUCCUCAAGAAAAAGAAGCUUUGCAAGCUUUGACUGUUCUAGAGGCAUGCAUGAACAACUGUGGCAAAAGGUUCCACUGUGAAGCUGCCAAGUUCCGGUUCCUUAAUGAGCUCAUCAAAGUCUUGACACCAAAGUACUUUGGUUCGUGGACUGCCCAGAAGGUUAAAGAUCGACUGACUGAGGUUCUGUACGGCUGGACACUCUGGCUCAAAGAAGAAAAGAAGAUUCAGGAAGUUUACUCCAUGCUGAAGAAACAAGGCAUCAUAAAGAAAGAUCCAAAACUACCAGAUACAGUCAUAAUGGCGCCUCCACCACAUAGAAGCACAGACUCUGUUUUUGACCAAGAAGACAAGGCAACGCUAUUAGCCAGAUUACUAAAAAGUGGACGCUCUGAAGACCUGGAGACUGCCAACAGCCUAAUUAAAAGCACAAUGAAAGAGGAGCAGGAGAAGGCUGAAAAAGUGUUGAAGCGGCAAUCCACUCUGAAGUCAGUGGAGAGCAGUACCAGGCAGCUCAGAGAGAUGUUGGACCAGCAUACAGUGACUGGAUCGCCAUUACAGCCUAGUGAUGAUUUAAAGGCCCUGUAUGAGAGCUGUGAGCGACUUAGACCGAAGCUCUUCCGCCUAGCAAGCGACACAAUAGACGAUGACGACGCUCUGACACAGAUCUUGGCUGCCAAUGAUGAUCUCACACUUGCCGUCAAUGCCUACAAAGAGCAAGUGGGGAGGCAAGAGUGUAACGGAAAGAGCAAAAAUGAAGUAGCAACAGAAAAGACUCCUACAAGUCCCGGAGAGAUUAAAAGCUACCACCUCAUCGACCUCUCGGCUUUUGACUCACCGAAGAUGGAAAGAAAAGCAGAUUCACCUUCCUCCUCUGAGUCUUCCUCACCUGUCUUCUCUCAUCUGCAAAUAACCUGCAACUCAAUAGCUGAGCAGAGGGCUUCGGGUUCAGAGUUAGUUCUUCCUCCUCCAAAAUCAUAUUAUGAUGACCUGAUGCAACUUAAUGGAGGAGUUGAUGAAAGAAGUGCAGAGCAGACUGUGGAGAGGGGCCCUGUGCUCAGAGCCCGUGGAUGUGCGGGGAAUUCUUCAUCAAAUGGAACAAACAUAUGGUCACACAAUCAACCAUUUACAAGUUUGGGAUCCUCUUCCAGUCACUGUCAACCACCCGUACGUCAAGAGGACAGCAUUUGUCAACAGCAUGUACUUAAGAACGUCUUAGUUCCCAUGGAGAACAUCAAGUCUAGUCAGUUGGAACCCAUCACCAUAUACAACCAAAGCGGUGUCCACGUCUCGCUGCACUUUGCCAGAGACUCGCCACCCGGUCAUCCUGGUGUUGCUGUGGUUGUCCUCUCCACUGUAAACACAUCCUCCCUGGAGGUGAAAGAUUUUUUGUUUCAAGCUGCUGUGCCAAAGACCAUGUCAGUGAAACUUCAACCUGCAUCAAUGACACACCUGCCUUCCUACAACCCACUUUUGCCCCCGCCUGCUAUUGCACAAGUGCUCCUGUUAGCUAAUCCACAAACGCGUAAAGUGCGCCUGCGCUACAAGCUCACACUGACACACGGACGGCAACAGUUGAUCGAGACUGGAGAGAUACAAAACUUCCCUGACUGGACCUCUAUGAUUGGCUGAUGAAAAAACACAUUGCUAUACACACACACACGCACACACCUCAGAACCUAGCCAGGAUGCAGAGAUUAUUAACUGUGGAUAAUAAUAGUUUGGCUUGUCCCUUUUUUGGACUUGUCAUUGUUUUAAUAUUUUUUUAUGUCACUAUACUGCUGGUCACAUAUGCCAAAAAAAAGUUAAUUUUAUGCAUUUGUUACAUUUCAUAUUCACAACAUGCCAUAAGGAGGAGGUCUAUUAAGACAUUUUUAGGGAAUUAUAUAUGGUUUGGAUAUUAUGUAAACUUGCCCAAUGAUACUGUAUAUCUCAAGGCUUGUCUGCUGCCAUCGAUCUGAAUAAAUCAAAACCAAAGGAGUGUUACCAAUUUAAAAUGGUUUAAUCUGUUCAUGCGUUAAACUAAUAACUAUUUAUAGCACUACAAACUAAUUGUUUAGUAGAAAGUAAUGGAUUAUUUUUAGUGGUCCCAACAUUCUCAGUUUAUGUUUAAUCACUAUCACAUAGAAUGAGGAAAACAUAAACACUCAAGACAACUCCCCGUAAUCAAAGAUUGUUGAUAUGUCAACCAGGUUUAAAAUGUUAUUUCAUUUUAAAUAACAUAUUUAAUUAUGUUAUUUCAACCACUGCCACACAGUUGUAUUUUGUUCUAUGGACUUAAACCUCACUGGGUGUUAAGUGAAUUACACUCGACAACUGAAGGGAAAGCCCUGGAGCAAAAGCAGCCAAUUAUUCAUUUAACCUUCAAGUUACAAUUCACUUUUUGAGACGCAGAAAAAUAGAAAAAGUCAUCUGGAUUGAUCAUAUUUAUUUUGACAUCUUGAGAUUAAAAUACAUGUUUGCUAUGUACAUAUAUGUAACAGUGGGUGAUAAAGUGCCAAAACCAUCUUUUUUUAUUAUUAUAAUUUUUUUUUUUUUUUUUUUUACAAAACUUGGAUUUGUGGAAGACCGUCACACCUUGAGCCUGGACCCACAAUGCAUUGCUUGUCUUGUUGCUGCUAGUGGCUCACUUUGGCACAAUUUGCCCUGCCGCCCGACCUGUGGGUACAGGGUGUUCACUUGCCUGCAAAUUAUUAUUUGUUUACACAUGUUCUUCUUGACAGUACUGCUCCACUUUACAAGUGUAAAAAUAAGACGACAGAUUUCACAUUUUUUUGCUUUUUGUUUUAGGACAAACAGAACAAGUUUUGUGUGGUCUGGAUGUCCCAUGUGGCAUCUUCCUCAUAGAACGACACAGAAGACAAUGGGAAGUAUAGUUAGUGAGCUCGGGAGAACAGGCACAAACUUAUUUGCAUGAAUGUGUUACUUUGUGACCCUUUGAAAAGGUCAAUAAAAUAGGUUCAACCCUUUUCGUGCCUCUGCUUGCUGAGGUCCUGACCAAGCAUCUGCUCCACUGGAGUCUGAGGUGAGUGCAAAUCUCACAAACUCUGACCUUUCACUGUGCAUUGUCACAUGGUCAGGUGGGUGGAGCAUAAGGUUGAUAGGCUGACCCUUGCUCGUGCACCGUAACAUCUGUAUCUUCUUGUUUGACCCUGUUAGGUUUGGAUGUCACUAACUCUCUUCUUCCUCCUUUGCAUCUCCAUCCUUUUCUUCUUCUUCUUCCAGCCCUUCUUUCGCCUCAUCUUCUGCGUCCACCUCCUCCACUUGCUCCUUAGUCUCUGCUUCCUCUUCUUCCUCUUCAACCUCGUCUACACUUACCAUCUCCUCACCUACAUUGCCAUCUUCCUCCUCCACAUUCCCCUCUGCCUCCUCCUUCCCAUUCUCUUCUUCUGGUUCUUCCACAUGCCCCUCUUCCUGUUCCUCAUCAUUUACAUUCCCUUCUGUUUCAUCCUCAUUCCUCUCUUCCUGCUCCUCCAAAUUCCCUUCUGUAUUUUCUUCUUCCACAUUAUCUUCUGUUUCACCCUCAUUCCUAUCUUCCUGCUCUUCCAAAUUAUCUUGUGUCUCUUCUUCCUCCACAUUCCCUUCUGUUUCACCCUCAUUCCCUUCUUCCUGUUCUUCCAAAUUCUCUUGUGUCUCUUCUUCCUCCAUAUUCCCUUCUGUUUCAUCCUCAUUCCCUUCAUCCUGCUCUUCCAAAUUCCCUUGUGUCUCGUCUUCUUCCUCCACAUUCCUUUCUGUUUCAUCCUCAUUCCCAUCUUCCCGCUCUUCCAAAUUCUCUUGUGUCUCGUCUUCUUCCUCCACAUUCCCUUCUGUUUCAUCCUCAUUCCCUUCAUCCCGCUCUUCCAAAUUCCCUUGUGUCUCGUCUUCUUCCUCCACUUUCCCCUCUGUUUCAUCCUCAUUCCCUUCUUUCCGCUCUUCCAAUUUCUCUUGUGUCUCAUCUUCUUCCUCCACAAUCCCUGUUCCGGCAUUCUCAUUCAUCUCUCCGUGCAGGUUUUCACCUCUUUCCUUCUUGUCCUCUGGCACUCCAUCUUCAGUUUCCCCUUCACCCUCAUCCCCCUGUUCCUUUUCCCCUCCAGCAUUGUCUUCACUUACUGCAUCUUCUAGCUGCUGCUCUGCAGUUUUUUCAUCCCCCUCCCCUUCCUCCUCCUCCUCCUCUCCAUCAUCACAAACUCCAUUCUGCUUGCUGUUGUGGUUCUUCUCAUCCUCCCUGUCAGCUUGGCCACCAUGGCAGGGGGUUCUCUGGCCGCGGGAGGCCCGCCCACAUCCAGUGCUGCUCCUGGUGUGCCCAUUGUUGUGAUUGUUGUGCUCCAGGUCUUCCAGUGUGAGCUCAAACUGGAAGCGGUCGUGCUGCAGGUGGUGCCUGUCCGGUGGUGGGGAUGGAGACUGAGGCAUGGUGUUGAGGUACCACUCCCGGUUCUCCUCCAAUGUGUCCAGAAGCUCCUGGGCGUCCGGGUGCACCAGAUCGGCCCAUGUCUCCCACAACGGGUGGACAAUAUAGUCAAUGAAACCCACCUAAAAGGAAGAAUAAUGACUGUAAAUACGGAAUAUCACAAAGGU